AUGAUAUUUAAAAUAUUUUCAUCAAAAUAUUAUCCACCGAAUGAGGAUACGAAAACACGUAGUGAACUUAUCUCACUUAUGAACGAACCAUUACCAUUAGAUAAUCAUCAAGAACAAUUAAGUGCAGUUCCGAUUGUAAAUAAUGAAGAUAGCUUAGUGAACGAACAAGAGAAGCACGAAACGGGAAAUCUUCAAGUUUGUCGAAUAUGUUAUUCAACAGGUGAUCUACAAUCAUUGAUUUCUCCUUGUCAAUGUUCAGGAACAAUGGGUAUUCUUCAUCAGAAUUGUCUUGAACGAUGGCUUGAAAUAUCUAAUACAAAUAAAUGUGAAAUAUGUCAACAUGAAUUUGAAGUUGUACGAUAUCCAAAAUCGUUAUUUUAUUUUCUAAGAAAUCCAUUACAACCAUCGGAUAUUCGUUAUUUAAUUAAUGAUAUUGUUUUAUUUAUUUUUUUAACAACAAUAAUUAGUUGGUUGAUCAUCAUGAGUAUGUCAAAAAUUCAAGCAAACAAACAAUUUUUAGAUGGUUUAUCUUAUUUUAUUCUUCCAUUUUCUGUAUUUUUAAUCUAUAUUGUUUGGUGUUGGGUGAGCUUUCGUUAUCAUACUCAAGUAAUUAAAGAAUGGCGUUCUGUUAAUCAAUUGAUUCGUGUAAUUAAUAAAAAAGACAGUCAAAUAAAUCACCAUCAUCUGAAUGAUCAUAAUCUAUUAGCAAGAUCAGAUAUUGAACAACAAUAUUCACUUAAUUGUGAUAAUUCAUAUCAUUCAACCAGUCGAAAUCAGGCGAACAUCUUACCGGAAAAUACACACCAUCAAAUAACAAUUCAAUAA